UCACGUGAAGAUGAUAUUUUGUAGUACCAGAUGCGAUUUGUUUCCGUCAACGUUGUCGACGUCAAGAGACAAAGAGCUGCCAUCUCGCCGUUGUCCUAUCGACACGAGUCAGCCUGCCAGGUGGGCCACGGAAACGGCAUUAAAAUACUCCAGCAACCCAGCACAACUCCCUUGACCCUUUUCUCGUCCUUGUCUCUGCCUCCACAGUGCACUCACACUGACACGUCCCAUCAGCCAUGGCUCCGCCGCUCCCUCACCACGUCCUCCUCGUCGCCGUCGCCCUCGUCGCCACCACCAUCUCACUCUCGGAUGCAGCUGCGGCACAAGUGCUCCCCAAAGAGGCUCUCCCGACCAUGUCAGGCUACCUCCCCAUCCCGCCCGCCAACGCCUCCCUCUUCUUCGCCUUCUACGAGGCCACCCAGCCGCUCACUUCUUCAGCCGCCACGCCGCUCCUCCUCUGGCUGGAGGGCGGGCCCGGCUGCUCCGCGCUUCUCAGCACCUUCCUCCAGUUCGGCCCCUACUCCGUCCACCGCUCCACCGACGAUGACUCCACCUACCUCUCGCCCAACCCAUUCGCGUGGAACCGCCGCUUCGGGCUGCUGUUCAUCGACAGCCCACUCGGCACCGGUUUCAGCGCCGCGCCGUCCCCCGCUGCCAUCCCCACCGACCAGUUCGUCAUCGCCAGCCACGUCCUCGCCGCGCUCCAGUCUUUUUUUGCUCUCGAACCGAGCUUCCGUGCACGCCCGCUCUUCCUCGCCGGCGAGAGCUACGCCGGCAAGUUCGUCCCCGUGGCGGGCGCGCACAUGCUGGCCGUCAACCCCGAGCUACCGGAGCGCCAGAGGAUCAACCUGCGCGGCGUGGCCAUCGGCAACGCGCUGGUCCACCCCGUUGCGCAGGUGGCCACGCACGCGGACACGGCCUACUUCCGGGGCCUCAUCAAUGCGCGGCAGAGGCGAGAGCUCGAUGAGCUGCAGGCGGAGGCGGUGGCGCUGACGCGCGCGGAGCACUGGCGCGAGGCGUCGGACGCGCGGGCGCGGGUGCUGUCGUGGCUGCGGAACGCGACGGGGCUCGCCUCGCUGUUCGACGUGGACACGCGGCAGCAGCUCGACCUCGACCUCGGCGUCGCUGCUCUGGGGGAGCUCCUGAACCGUCCCGAGGCGAAGGCGGCGCUGCGCGCUCGUGCCAACGUCGCGUGGGAGCUGUGCGCCGACGCGGUGGUCGUGGCGCUGCACGACGACGUGAUGAAGAGCGCGAAGCGCGAGGCGGAGGCGCUGCUGCGGCAGACGCGCGUGCUCCUGUACGAGGGAGUCCGCGACCUCCAGGACGGGGUGGUGGCCGCGGACGCGUGGCUACGGGAGGUGGAGUGGCACGGGCUGGCCGCGUUCCAGAGCGCCGAGCGCGUCGUGUGGCGGACCCGCGGCGACGGAAGCCUCGCGGGCUAUGUGCAGCGCCACGGCGCACUGGCGCAUGUGGUGGUGCACGGGGCCGGGCACUUCGUGCCGGCGGGUAACGGGCGCGCGGCGCAGGAGAUGAUCGAGGACUGGGUUCUGGAGACGGGGCUGCUCGGGUGCGGCGGCGACUGCUUCCCGGCGGCUUGACCGUGCUGCAUCGGGGCAGCCUGCAUCCGAUUCCGUGCACGGAUUCAUUCUCCGGAUCGUAGACGUCGCAUUACGGUUUGCGUUAUUGUCACUGGUUGAUAUCCAUUUACAGUAACACGAGCUCAUAUCGUUAGAAAUGCUUUGUAUGCCGCUAAAAUAACAUUAUAAAGGGGACAAAAGUUCUCUUACAAAUACCAUUAUGUCUACAGGAAAGUUUGUUUUGUUCUAUUCUAAUUAAAUUAAGGACGUGACUAAAGAAUGCACGUGA